AUGGAUUCGGGACUCGCGGUCGGAGUCGAAGCGGCGGAUUCAGCGAAGUCGGAGUGGGCGCCCGUUCGGGGGGACUCACUGGGGACCCGGCGGACGGCGACGAAGAUGCACGUGGUUGUUGACACAAAAGAAGCUUCAAAAGAGAAUCCGAUUUCCCGCACCUACUUUCCAUCGAAAGGAAUAUUCGAAAGCUUGAAAAGGCUGGUAAAAAACGCGAAACAUGUAGUUCGCUGUACUUCAGGUGGCCUCCUGUCCCAGUCUUUGAGGGGUAAAAGUCAACGGAGACAGUCCCGUCACCGGGUUCUGAGGGUCACACCUUCCUGA